CCUGCGAAGGAAUCCAUCUGUACGGAUCUGUCGGGAGGGAGGUGGAGGAGGGUGCCCGUGUGUGCGCGCGUGUGUGUGUGAGUGUGUGUGUGCGCGCGCGUGCCGGCUGAGCGGCUGGCUUCCUCUUCGCCUUCUUUGCCAACAGCCCUCACUGGGUCUCCAGGAGGUACUGAAGUCUCAGUGGCUCCCCGAGCCGGCCUCGGACUGUUCUGACAGCCGGCGCCCGACUGGAUCAGCAUCACCCUCUUGCGCUCCCCUCCCGGCCCGGGUCCCGCGCGCUCUCUCCUCUCCCGCGCUGCCCUCUCGCCCUCUCCAGGGACGCGCGCUCCCGUGUCGGCUCCGGACCUGGAGUCUGAGCCGCCUGGGCUAACAACCCGCGGGGCCGCUCGCAACCGGCUGAGGCAGACGCACCCGGGAACCCGAGGCCCGGGCAGGGUCCCCGCGCCCUGCGGAGUGGCCUGUGAUUGGAGGAAGAGCCUGUGCCGGUGCGGCCCGUGCAGGUGCCAAACGGGUGGCUCCGGUCUGCCCCGCGCGCCGAGCUGCGCGCACUGGGUCCCGAAGCGCCCGCGGGCGCCGGGCCACCAAGCGCGUGUCCUUUCGGAUGCAAACGCCCAGGUUCUUGGCGCCUGACGCCGCCGGGAGGUCAGAGAGGCCCCAGGUACCUAUUACACCAUUCCUUGGCAAAGACUUUUCAGCAGUGGUGACCUCUUCCAAUCCAACACUCUACAAAUUAUUAUCUCUGGACUCCCAGCUGACACCCUGCCGGAGGCAAGAGCUCCUAAGCCAACUGGAACUGUGCCUCUUCUCUUGUCAAGGUUUUUUUCUUACACAGGAAAAAGAAAGAAAAAAAAAAAGAUGAAGUUGGGUAAAGUGGAGUUCUGCCAUUUCCUGCAACUCAUAGCUCUUUUCCUGUGUUUUUCUGGGAUGAGUCAAGCAGAACUCUCAAGGUCAAGAUCCAAACCCUACUUCCAAUCAGGGCGCUCCAGGACCAAGCGCAGCUGGGUGUGGAAUCAGUUCUUUGUGCUGGAAGAGUAUAUGGGUUCGGACCCUCUCUAUGUAGGAAAGCUUCACUCUGAUGUUGAUAAAGGAGAUGGUUCCAUCAAAUACAUCUUGUCAGGCGAAGGGGCAAGUUCCAUUUUCAUUAUUGAUGAGAACACUGGGGACAUUCAUGCUACCAAGAGACUGGAUCGCGAGGAGCAGGCCUACUACACUCUCCGAGCUCAAGCGCUGGACAGGCUCACCAACAAACCCGUGGAGCCCGAAUCAGAGUUUGUCAUCAAAAUCCAGGAUAUCAAUGAUAAUGAACCCAAGUUUUUGGAUGGGCCUUACACAGCAGGAGUUCCCGAAAUGUCUCCUGUAGGGACUUCAGUGGUACAAGUGACAGCAACCGAUGCUGACGACCCUACAUAUGGGAACAGUGCCCGAGUGGUCUACAGUAUUCUGCAAGGGCAGCCGUACUUUUCCGUUGAGCCCAAGACAGGAGUCAUCAAGACUGCCCUUCCAAACAUGGAUAGAGAGGCUAAAGACCAGUAUUUGCUUGUCAUUCAGGCAAAGGAUAUGGUUGGUCAAAAUGGUGGACUGUCAGGAACUACAUCAGUCACUGUGACCCUGACUGAUGUGAACGAUAAUCCACCUCGCUUUCCUCGAAGAUCUUAUCAAUACAAUGUCCCAGAAUCAUUGCCUGUAGCCUCAGUUGUGGCCAGAAUCAAAGCUGCUGAUGCAGACAUAGGCGCUAAUGCAGAAAUGGAGUACAAAAUUGUGGAUGGUGAUGGACUGGGGAUUUUCAAGAUAUCUGUUGACAAAGAUACACAGGAAGGCAUCAUUACAAUACAGAAGGAACUGGAUUUUGAAGCCAAAACAAGUUACACACUACGAAUAGAAGCUGCAAAUAAAGAUGCCGACCCCCGGUUUCUAAGCUUGGGGCCAUUCAGUGACACAACCACCGUGAAGAUAAUUGUAGAAGACGUGGAUGAGCCUCCCGUGUUUUCUUCGCCCUUGUACCCCAUGGAGGUCUCAGAAGCUACCCAAGUUGGCAAUAUCAUUGGCACUGUAGCCGCUCAUGACCCAGAUUCUUCCAACAGCCCUGUGAGGUAUUCAAUUGACAGAAACACAGAUUUGGAGAGAUACUUUAAUAUUGAUGCCAACAGUGGAGUUAUUACUACUGCCAAAUCUUUGGAUCGAGAGACAAAUGCAAUUCAUAACAUCACAGUUCUUGCAAUGGAGAGCCAGAAUCCAUCCCAGGUAGGAAGAGGCUACGUGGCCAUCACUAUACUAGACAUUAAUGACAACGCCCCCGAAUUCGCCAUGGACUACGAAACCACCGUCUGUGAAAAUGCCCAGCCAGGGCAGGUUAUCCAGAAGAUCAGUGCAGUUGACAAAGAUGAGCCAUCCAAUGGACACCAGUUUUACUUCAGCUUAACAACGGAUGCCACAAAUAACCACAACUUUUCGUUGAAGGAUAACAAAGACAACACGGCCUCCAUACUCACCAGAAGGAACGGCUUCCGGAGACAAGAGCAGUCGGUGUACUACCUGCCCAUCUUCAUCGUGGACAGUGGGUCCCCGUCUCUCAGCAGCACCAACACGCUCACCAUCCGCGUCUGUGACUGCGACGCCGACGGCGUAGCCCAGACCUGCAACGCCGAGGCCUACGUCCUGCCUGCUGGUCUCAGCACGGGAGCCCUGGUGGCCAUCCUGGCCUGCGUCCUGACCUUGCUGGUGCUGAUCCUUCUUAUUAUAACCAUGAGAAGGCGGAAAAAAGAGCCCCUGAUUUUUGACGAAGAGAGAGAUAUUAGAGAAAACAUCGUCAGGUACGAUGACGAGGGUGGAGGAGAGGAAGACACAGAGGCUUUUGACAUGGCUGCACUGAGGAACCUCAACGUCAUCCGUGACACCAAGACCCGUAGGGAUGUAACUCCAGAAAUUCAGUUCUUGAGUCGACCGACUUUUAAGAGCAUCCCAGAUAACGUUAUUUUUCGGGAAUUUAUUUGGGAGAGACUGAAAGAAGCUGAUGUUGACCCGGGGGCUCCCCCCUAUGACUCUCUGCAGACAUAUGCCUUUGAAGGGAAUGGCUCAGUCGCUGAGUCACUCAGCUCUUUGGAUUCCAUCAGCUCAAACUCUGAUCAGAAUUAUGACUACCUAAGUGACUGGGGACCUCGCUUUAAACGCCUCGCGGACAUGUAUGGAACUGGCCAAGAGAGUUUGUACUCAUAGCCUUGGAACCUUUACUUGAAAUGUACUGAAGAAAAAGAGCAAAACCACUACAUACAGAAAGCAAGAACUCCACUAGCUGGAGAAAAAUGGUUGUAAAUAUUUCUCCAUUUUUAACUGCUUAGGUUUCCGCCUUGGUGAAGCAUAUCUUCCUUAGACUUAUCCAAGGGACUGCACUGACCACAGACUCUGAGCAUUUGAAGGUUUUCUUUUUUUUUUUUUUUUUUUGAUAAAAAGAAAUGCUCAGUGGUUUGUGAAAUAGAUAGCAACUCUCAUAUACCUGCAGAGGCACCUAACCUCUAUGAGUAAGUGGUGGCCCGUGUUGUCAGUGAACCAGCAAUGUCCUGCGUGUACCUUCAUGGUACUGCCAGUGAGAGGAGUAGAACAUGAUGUGCCAUUGAGAAAUCCUGGAACUCCUUGUGUAUCAAAACCUGGGACAAAUUUAAUUCACAGCGAUGCUUUCUAGCUUGCUAUAAGAUAGAAUUCAAGAGAAUUUUAUUGCUGUUGGUAGCAAAAAAAUAUUUUAUUUAGCAAUAUACAAAUUCUCAGAAUAUCCUUAUCAAAUGAAAACCCUCAAAUAAUAGCCACUAAAAUUUGAUAUAAGGCAACAUAAACCAUGGUUGAGUCAAUAAAUUGUGAAGUGUUUCAGAUAAGAAUAAGGUAGAUAAUUCUUCAAGUUUGCAAUAGUUUCGAGAUGCUUAUGUAGGUAUGAUUUUAAAAAAAGUUGCUGUCUAUUCGUUGAUUUUUAUUAUCUCUUCUGAUUUGUACAGGAGAAUACCUUUUGUUUUUUUAUUUGAUACAUGGUGUUAUGUUUAUUUUGGAGCACCAAUCUCCACUAAAUUCAGGUUCAUCUUUAAUGCCUCGUAGUAUUAAACUCAUCAGAACAUACUGGUUUUUCUCCAGUCUGAGCUACAAGAGAUGAAGCAUAGAAAUGGAGAAUUAAUAGUAUAGCAAUUGAGCCCUGUUCCAGUUCACAUCUCAAAGAGGAGCACAGCAAAAGGACAUACAAAUUUUUCUUCUGAGCCAUUAGAAUGUACAAAACAAAACACAUAUUGUAUUUUAGACUUCAGAGAGAAUGAAGAUUUUCUUUGAUGCAAGAUUUAUUUUCCAAGGUCAUGAGUUCUAUAUGCUCCAAAGACUUUCAAGAAUCAGUUUCUCAACCUGUGUUGCUGUAACAUUUUGAGUAAAAGACUGAAUUUUUAAAUAUAUUUUAAACAAUAUAGUGUUAUCAAUUUCAAGUCCAUCUUUAAAUUAUGAUGCAAAUGUGUCCCUUAAGAACUAAAUGAUAUAUCAUUUCUCUGGUGGUUUAGAUGUGCCAAAGUGAAGAGGGCAAUUGCAAGUAACCACAUGUGUUUAAGUUUGAGAUAAAUGUCUCAAAAUAAGAAGAAUUUUUUAACCAAAAUAAUAUUUCUACUUAUUUUUCCUAGAUUAAUACUAGUUUAAUGUGCAUAUAACCAAGUGAAAAUGGAUUUAUUUUUUUCUUACAUUCUCAUUUGAAAAAUAAUCCAUUGUCCACUUCCUAAUAAAUCUACAGGGAGUGAACACUGUGUAAGAAAUUGUGUUCUAAAAGUGCUUCUUUCUGAAAAGCAGACACUGGAACCCUGAAUAUUACUAUGUUGAUUACACGAAAAGAAACUAUCUAGGAUUCUGUAAACUUGCAGUCCACAUUUAGAAAUGACGUAUGUGAAAGUGGCCUUCAGCUUCAUAAAAAUAAAUUAUUCAAUAAAUUUGAUUAUAUGUAAACAGUCCUUUAAUUUGAGUAAAGGUUUUUAGAUACUGUUUAUUCACUAGAUAGAUAAGCUUCUUGCUGUAUUAAUAUGCAUAUAUAUAAAACAGAUCCAUAACAGAGUUAAAGACACUGCUAAUAACCUUUAUUUACAUGUGUGAAGUUUUCAAAUAAAAAAAUGGUACAUUUAUCCAAUCCAAUAAAAUCAGAGUGUGGUUCAGGAAUUAUGCAUAUGUUAAAUCAGCAAAGUGCUGAGAAAAGAGUUUUGUAACAAUCCCCUUGUUGUUUGCAAGAAGAAAAAAUAGUUUAUUGUACAUUUGGAUUAUGAUGUCAAAACUGCUGCUUGUUCCACUUAUCACUAAAUGAAGGUUUGUAUGUAUAUAUUUUAGAAGAGGAAUAUAACAUCAUGCACAUUGCCUUCUCUCCUUUUAAAAUAUACAUAUUUUACCUUAUUUUUUUUUUUGCAUUUACCAGUUACAGAUUGGGAAAAGUUCAAAUGGAAAUGAUGGUUGAAAACUAUUACACAUAUGCAAGUAUUAUAUAUAUAUAUUAUCAAUACAGUAUUGAAGUUAGUUUAAUAUUAUUUUUAGGAAUUGCUCUUGAGGUAGCUGAAAGAAAAGUCCUUCAUAUAGGUAAAUUUAUAUGAAGAACUCUAAGGUUAAUUGGAAUGGUGUGGUGCAUUUGUUUAGCUUUCUUUUUUCUUCUGAAAUAUAAUACUACAUAUGAUUAUCUAACCUAAUAUUUGAAAGACAAGCUUUGUGUUAAAAACAAAGACUGGAUCACUUGAUUGAUGACAUCAAUCAUAAAAGUAAUUAAGAGAUUUUCCAAUAAUCUUUUCAGUAAACAUCCAUUAUUUAGUCAUUUAAAUUCAACAUUGUACUGGAAAUAGUGAGAAUCAACUCCCAAGACAGAAUUAUGUGCAUCUCUCUCCAAGUCCACUUCCAGUGGUACUAUUUUGGUAGGCUGAUGUCAGCCAUGGUGGGAAUGUUUAGACAACUGUGGCAAGGAGCAAGCCAUUUCUCUUUUUCUGGAUCUCCAAUUGUUAAAUAUUUACCAAGCUACUUAUUAAAUUAUUUCAUAUGAAGAAACAUCAUGAAUAUAGAUACAGUGUGAAUGAACAGAACAUGAAAUCAUGACAUGAAAAGAAUUUAUGCUACAGCCUAUUACUAAAUAUAGAUGCAAGAAGUGAUUUCCUCAUAUCAAAACCUUGGGAAGCAAUGGCUUAAUAACAUCAAAUUCAGACAAUAGUGCAGGGAGUAAAAAUAAUAAUAAUAAUGAUAAUAAUAAUAAUAAUAAUAAUAAUAAUAAUAAUGUUUUCCAAUUAGCCAUACCAUGGCACCAAAAAAAAGAAGAAGAAGAAGAAAUUCAUAGUGUGUAAUGUAAUAUGUAAUGUGCAUUUUGAACAAUUUAACUUCCUUAAAAAUUAAUCACAUUAUAUUUUUUACUGUCCAUUUCAAGAAAAUACACCAAGGUGCCUAUUCUAAAUUAUUUUUUUUGCAUAAUUUUAAAGUAUGGAAAUUAAAUCUUAUUAAAAAGCAGAGUUGCACAGGUCAAGCCUAAAUUAUGAUACUGAUUCACAGUUCAGUUUCUCCUUUAAAGCACUAUUCCAAGAUCAGUUAACCCUAACUAUAGACCAAAAUCAGGGAGUGAACGUUAAGGAAUAAAAAUAGGCUUGUGGAGGCAGUGAGCAGAUCAUUAUAUCAGCAAUUGCUAGAUGGACCUGGCAAUCUUUCUUCUUUGCCAUGAAGCAGCCGCAAUGAAGUUGAGGUCAGAUGAAUAUAAAUUACAGGAAGAAAUGACAUUCAAGUGAUGACCCCUGUCUUCUCACUUUGCCCUCUGAAAAUGUUUUAAAUUAUUUAAGUUCAUGCACAAUUACAUUUACUAUAUGGGACAUGAGCAGGCCAAGGUAAUUAUUCUCAUGGAAAAAGGAUACUUAUACAAGAGAUGAGCAGUAUUUGUGAUAUGACCUAUAAGCUCCCAGAAAUGCAAAUGUUGAUGGGAUAUUAGCAUUUAUAUUCAAAUACAAAAUAUAAAGGACAUUAAAAGGAGCUAAAUUAAAUAAUUUUCAAGAGGCCAAACAAUUUCAAAAUUUAAAAAAAAAUUUAACUAUUAUUUAUAAAUAUUAACCUUCAAAUUUUCAAUGUUAAGUUCAUAUCUAUUGACUUACAAACUGUUUUAAUUACCCUAAUUGUUUUUUAACACAACUUGAAGGUUUAUUUACAAUCAAUCUAAUUUAAUUAAAGUUGAUUAAAGCCUCCACUGACUUUUAAUUAUUUCUAGUCAGAGAUGGCUGGAAACAGGUUGAAUUUUUAUGAUAAUUAAUAUAUGAGCCAAUUUACUUUAUUAGUCUGUGUUUAUUUGAUCUUACAUAUACCGCCAGUUUUUUUUUAAGUUAUUAGCACUACAUAUUGUCUAUAUAUGUGAUGAUGUAUACAAAAUUAGCAAAGAAAGCGAAUACAAAAAUGUUAGCCAACUUGAUAUAAUAAAGGGUAAGAAAGGAUUAAUAGCAUUUGUAAUUUGAAUAUAAUUGAUUUUUUUUCACAUAAGUGGCCUAAGCUCUUGAGAAAAAUGUGAGGGAUCUAAGGCUGAGGUUGGGCAAGCAUAGUAAAGCCAAAUCAGGGAAGGGUUUUUAAGGCAAAGGACAGGACUCAAUGUGGGUGACAUUCUAAUGAUUUGUCAUAGUUAUGCUAUCUUCUAUGCUCAGAAUUUAUGUUAAAAAAAGCAGUGCCACUGUGUGUGUGUGUGUGUGUGUGUGUGCUUGUGAGAGAGAGACAGAUAGACAUUCAGAGACAUUGAGAAGUACAAAGUGACUCUAAACAAAUGAGUCUAACAUCACCCGCCUAAUGCUGUUAUGUUAUUGUCAUUUGACAAAUGACUGUUAAGCAAUAAGACAAGAAAAUCUAUACUGACAAAAAAACUAAUUUUUUAAACAAUCUAAUUUGAUUUAUAGUAAAAGAAAGAUUUUUGCGGCUAGGGGAAGAACAUUUAGCUAAUCCAUCUGUAUAAUUGCCACAUUUUAUUUCUUUUGUAUAGCUGUGACUUCACUGUUAACACAGAAUGUAGAAUGUAAAUUAUUUAUUGUGAAAUGUCACUGGCCUUCAGCUUCUGGGGUAUCAGUGUGGCAUGUAAGGAAUUACCCCUGGUAUGUGGUUGUAACAUCAGUCAGAGGUUCAAUUGGAGCUUGAUUUUACUGAGUCCUAGAUUCCAUUCUAACUCUCUACAUUUUAUGUUCAUGAUUGCAAUUGAGUUAAUGAUAAUCUUGUGUACUUUAGGUGCUUUGAGAUGAUUAACAAAACAUACUGUAUAAUCUGUGAAUUACUGAAAAAAUGUAAAGUUUUAAUAUGGGGAAUUAUGGAAAUUAUGUGAAAAGGUUGAUUAUAUUUAUUGUUAUAUGCUGAACACAGAUAAUUUCUGUUUGUUGAAAUGUGCACUAAAGGAAAAAUACAUGAAAUAAGAACCCUAAAUUGCAAAAAUAUUUUUAAAAAGAAAGUAAUAAUUAAGUUGUAAUUUUAAUAGUCUCGAAAAGCUGUUACAAGUCUUUAAGAUUAGUGACUAAAUCAAACUAAUUCAAUGAUUUAUAAGAAUUAGGAUGUCAGUAGAGACAAGCAGUGAUAAAGAGAAAUCUUUCCCAGGCAUGGUGACCACUAAUGGGAGUGAAAGGGAUUCAGAGGAGCCCAGCCUUGUGGCAGAACACUAACACAUCCACAUAGAGAAGAUCUUCAAAAGGCAAUCAUGCACAGAAUAUAGGAGCCUUCCAGACGUCUGAGGUAGAUAAAGUGAGAUUCUAGAGUGCUCAUCAUUUUUCCCAGUUAUAGUGGUAUAUGUAUAAUUAAUUUAGACACUUCUAAGUACUAAAUUACAGUAGUAUUGACUUCACAUAAAAAAAAAAAACACACUAAAUGCAGCAAUCUCUUGUUUUGACCACUCAGAGAAUCACUUUCAAUAUCUUGCAAGAUCUAAUACAUCUUAGCCUUUUAUAAUGAAGAAACUCUGGGAAACAAAAUAAUAAUAUUUACUAGAGAUUACUGUUUGUCAGUGAUAUUCUGCUCACUAGUAUAUUAUUAGCUAAUAAACUCUCUUCUCAACUACUAGUUAUUGGCUAUUUGUUGUUCAGAUGAUCAGACAUAAACACAUUGAUAACUAUAUCACUAAUGAGAAAAUUGAGAAAGACUACAUACACUCAUUCAAAUCCAUUGAUUGCUGAAUUUUAAUUUCAUCAAUUAAUGUAAUUAUGCUAAAGGCCUAUGUAUAUUUUUAUAAGCAGCAAAAUUAUAUGAUUCACAAUCCUACUGCUUCAUGCUGUAUUUUUGUGAGUAUAACCAUAGUUUUUAUAUGUCAAGAUGAGGAAUAUACUAUAAGUGGUAUAUUACCAGUAUUUUAAAAGUUAUCAAGAUUUUUAAAAAACAUAUAUAAGAACCCUAAAUUAUAUAAAUUAUAAUUAUAUAUAUAUGUGUGUGUGUGUGUGUGUGUGUGUCUUAAACUGUGUAUGUAAACACACAUAUGUCUAUAUCUGAGUGUGUACACAUACACAUAUAUACAAACACAUAUGUGUGUGUAUAUAUAUGUGUGUGUGUGUGUAUCUAUAUACACACACGGAGAGAGAGAGAAAGAGAGCACAUGCAUAUAUAGAUGCAAAUAAUUUGAGGCUAAAUGUUUAGUUGUAAAUUAAAUUAUUUUUAACAUUUUAACUUUAUUUAUUUAUUUAUUUGUUUGUUUAGUUUUCAAGGUAAUUAUGGCUUUCAUAUCCAAUCACUACAAUGAGAUUACCCGGAUUCAUUGGAUUCAUUGGGAAAAAUAUGGCAUAUUAGCAAAGCUUCUCUUAACUCAGACUUCAGAAUUUCUUUUUCAGUAUGUAAAGAAAUCUACAAUUCAUACAGGUAAAACAUUCAGGAUAGCUUUCAGUGAAAUUAUUAUUGCAUAUUUAUGAGAAUGCACAGUAAUUAUAUUAAAAAAGAAUUUAACCCAUGUUUUUCAAUGAUUCUGCUUGCUUAAGAGGCUCUUAAAUAAAUUGACACAAAAGAGCCUCAAAAUGCUAAUUUAAUGACUACUGAAUGGAUCCUGAAAAUCUAGUUCUACUUAGCAUUGGAAAUGAGACAGGAAUUUCUAGGCUAAGUUGGAAUGUAUGUCAGAAUAUAAAGAGAUCAUUGUUGUUCAGGUCAAGCAUUAUGUUCCAAUCAAAUAAAAAUUUGAAAUUUUUGAAGCAGCCACAGGAAAUAAAGUGCAGGUUCAAAACCUGUAGAGGUGUGUACACGGUGAACAUCAACCAGGAUGUGUGUUUUAUUGAAUUUUUUUAAUUGAGAAAAACAUUGUCUUAGUUCAAGAUUUUAUAGAAGAAAAUAAUUUCCCAAGUUUCUGAUAACUCCAGACAUGGGGAGAGCAGUGUUGACCUCUGUUGUAGCCAUUCUCAAUUCUGAGGUGAUGCCUACCUGACUUCCCAUUUAAACAUCUUGACAACGUCAAGCAGAAAAUGAGAAUUAUUGUAAUGAAAGUUUUGUGUUUUAUUCUAAGUACUUUGUUUUUAUAAAAAUUAAUGUAAUAAAAUUUUCCAUAUACAUGCAAUUUGAAGUUCCAGGAAUUCCUGUUGUAAUAUGUGAUAUCAAUUUUCUUAUGGACUUGUGAAUUGCACCAAUUAGUCACUGUAUCUGCAAAAGUGGCACCGUUUUUUUUUUUUUUUUUUAGUGGAGAAAAAUUGAAACCUAGAGUGGUGGUGACUAA